UCUUAGUUUGAUCCCUACUCUAUUUGCAAUCUGAAUUGAAUGCAUACCAAACAAGGUGUCCUUUCCUUCAAAAUUUCAAUGGCUUCCACAACUAAAUUCAUCUUACUAUCUUUAACGCUCUGUGUUCUCCAUCUUAACUUCUGUCAUGGACAAAAUGCUGUCAAUGCAGGCUACUGGUUUCCAGAUAGUGGAAUUGAAAUCUCAGACAUUGAUUCCACUCUUUUCACUCAUCUGUUUUGUGCAUUUGCUGAUCUUGAUCCCGAAUCCAAUGAAGUCACCAUAUCCGCCUCAAAUACUGGCCCCUUUUCACAAUUCACCGAAACAGUUCAACUCAAAAACCCUUCAGUUAAAACCCUUCUAUCCAUUGGUGGUGGAAAUUCUAAUAGUGCUGAUUUUGCUUCAAUGGCCAGUCAACCAUCUUCCCGCAAAUCAUUCAUUGAUUCUUCAAUAAACUUGGCCAGAGCCAACAGUUUCCACGGUCUAGACUUGGACUGGGAAUACCCACAAUCCGUUCCUGAGAUGGCGAACUUAGGGUCACUCCUGGAUGAAUGGCGAGCUGCGGUGGCAACUGAGGCCCAGAACUCAGGCAAGCCACAGCUGAUUUUAACAGCUGCAGUUUCGUUUGCAUCAAAGGUGGAUGGAUUGUAUCAGUAUCCUAUUCCAUCAGUAUCCAGAAGCCUGGAUUGGAUAAAUCUUAUGGCUUAUGACUUUUAUGCUCCAGAUCGUCCAAGUACUUCUACCAGGUGUCAUGCCGUAUUAAAGGACCCUUCUGGCCAAGCUAGUGGAAGUUCUGGCAUUGCAGAUUGGGAAAAUGCUGGAGUCGGGGCACAGAAGUUGGUUCUGGGCAUCCCAUUUUACGGAUAUGCUUGGCGAUUGGUAAACGCAAAUAAUCAUGGGAUCUUCGCUCCGGCAAAUGGAGCUGCUGGUCCGGAUAAUGGAGCCGAGCAGUACCGAGCUAUAAGGACCUUUGUAGCUCAAACCCCGGGGGCAGUUGUGGUGUAUAAUUCCACAUAUGUCUGCAAUUACUGCUACGCUGGAACAACAUGGAUCGGUUAUGAUGAUAAUCAAACAGUUUCCACCAAGGUUUCAUAUGCUAAACAAAAUGGACUUCUUGGGUACUUUGCUUGGCAUAUUGGAGCUGAUGACAACUUCGCACUAUCACGACAAGCUAGCCAAGUAUGGGCAGAUGGAAGUGGUGCUGGAAGCCAUUUGACGUUGCCCCUAGUAAGCCAAAAGGGAGCUGGCAUUGUUGAAUAAAGAUAUCAUUGCUAUGUGCACUCUAUCAAAAUAUGAAUAAAUGUCUUACAGUUUGAAAA